UUACGUAACCCAGGAACCUGUCGAGCUCGUACCCCAUCCUAAUACUAGCGAAGACAAAUGUCAGUGAAAGUUCUUCAAUUCCUCACAGAUCAAACGCCAACGCACCUGACCGGCGAACUUUUCCUCCCGAUCUCCAAGUGCUUCCGAAGCCUUCAGUCCACGAAGGGGGCCUGGUCUUUCCAAACGUCCUCCCCUUAAAAUUGAGUGUUUCUUUUCGAGCUCGUUUCCUUGGUGACAGUAGAGGACAGCUGUAAGGCGGAUGAGAUCAGGUAAACGCAGAAUUCCGUUUGAACACCAAGACAGAGUGUAACGCUUAUUUUCCAAAUGGACCAAAUCCAUAUUUACACAAUAACUGUCUCACUUACAGUAAUUUACAGUCUUACUAAGUGAAGCUUACUUAUAUCAAUCUUGUUUUAUUCCAAGUUAAAUGAACAUCUUUACAUUUGGGGUUUGCUCCUUCACACUAACAUUCGCCGCCAGCAAUCCUGAAGUCUUAGUUCCCGACUUCUUUGAUUAUUUAACGGACACAGAAAGCUUUAAUCGUAAACUUUAUUGCAUAGUCUAUGCUCAGACACAAGACCUAAAAAGGUUCAGAAUACAAUAUAACUAUGAACUAAUGAUUCCAUUCAACACGCGUUUGGAGAACAAGUUAGACGUGGUCUUUUUUAAUUCCAAAACGUACAUUAAUAUGUGACAUCCUAGUUCAUUUGCACCGAUGUGGUUUCAUCCCCAUAGCGUUGGUUAACAUUCCCUGGCUGUUCAACUGCAAAUGUUCUGAUACAAAGCUAUUUUACGCAUAGUCACCAUUUAAGAAAGUCGUGUUUUAUUCAAUAAACCCUCGUAGUUACGUUCAUUGGGAUCGUUCCACGACUCGGAAAAUUAAUUAGAAGAGACUCGUUUGUGGGAAUAAACUUUCUGUUAACGACAGUUAAAGCUGUAGGUGUCUAGUGUCUGUUUAUCAUUAGUUUCAGUGCCGGAACCUGAGAGACAGCAGUCCCAAUCGCUGGCACUGGCAGCUGCUGUGGCAACUCAAGAUGGGGGCGGAUGUCUCUCUCCUUUCAGGACGUGUUCCCUCGAAUUCCGGAACCUUCUGCUUCACUUCGUCAGUCCAAGUUGCUUGUGAGCAGCGAGAAACUACAAAUUGCCUACAGACGAGUGUGGAAAUCGUCACUGGUGAUUUAAAAAAAAAAAAAAACACCCUAUUGGACAUUGAGUUUUAUCGACACCGCUCAGCAAUCUGAUGCGGAAUAUAUAUAAAUAAAUAAUAAUAAAAUACAUACAAUUGUAAUUAUACAUUUAAAACAAAAAGGUUUGUAGGGCCAAUUUUACAUUUCCGCUUCUUCUUCCGGGGUUUCAGCCAAUCUUGCUCUUCCCCUCAUUCAGCGGGAGAAAAGCAACACGACAAAACGGCACAAGAGUUAUGAGGCGUUCAGCAGCACCCAGUCAGCUGACAGGCAAUGCUUGGAAAAAGCCUCGAUUCGUGCCACCUGGUGCACGUUCGUGUCCCUCGACAGAGUCAAGUAUACCUGUUAAACCAGAGCCAAGGACAGCACCGACUAAGGUUCAAAACAGUCAACCAGCAUUAUCAUUGUCCUGCAAAGACAACAUCCAACACAAAGGUUCAACAACUGUGCCUGCCAUGUCCAAAGUAUUGGCUCGGGUCCUUGGUGCCACAGAAAGAAAAGAAAGUGUGGCGGUGAUCGAUCAUCCAGAGGUUGAUCUUCUACCUCAACAGAGGAAUGUCAGCACUGAUGAAGGAUCACUGAGGACUCCAGAGACGAUCCGUCAAAGCCCAGCACAGUCUGUAACAGACUUGGAUUCUCCUUCCCGUGGCAGUAGUGAAGAUGCACGUUAUUUCAGCGUUCUUUGGUGUAAGGCAAGCACUAGGAAACACAAGCGUUGGGAGGGGGACGCUGUCCUAGUGACAAGGGGACAUACAGCAACUUUGAAGGACAUGAAGGGGAAAGACAUUGGACGGGGAAGUGGCUACAAGGUGUUGCAGUUGCUCUCCCUGAGUGAGGGCGAGACCCUUAUGAUCGGUGGGAAAGAGGUUGAAGUGUUGGGGCUCAUCACAAAGGAGGACUACGCCAAGGGCUGUUGUUUCCAAGACUGCCCAGUGGAGACAGAGGAAGCUCUUCCGAGCCAAGUCAAGCUUACUUCUCAGAGAUACAAACCAUUUUGCCCCCCUCUACUGGCCGGAGAAGCUAAAAUAUCUAACAAAGAGGAGAAGCGGACGUGUCAGCCUCGUCAUAACCCUAAUGUUCCAGGUGCUCUGGUGAUGCCUCGUCCAUCCCACAACCACCAGUGGUCUAAUAACAAGUCAGGUCUUCCUGUGGUCGAUGUCGUAGUGGAUCCCCAUCUAACUGUUCACCUGCGACCUCAUCAGAGAGAAGGAUUAGUCUUUUUAUAUGAAUGUGUCAUGGGCAUGAGAGCUGACGGUCGCUACGGUGCCAUUUUGGCGGAUGAAAUGGGCCUUGGAAAGACCCUCCAGAGUGUCUCGCUGUCUUGGACACUUCUUAAGCAGGGACCGUACGGUGGGAGAGCAAUUGUCAAACGUGUCCUCGUGGUCACUCCUGGAAGUCUUGUGCAGAACUGGGGCAUGGAGUUCAACAAGUGGCUGGGUCGAGAGAGGAUUAGUGUUUUUACAGUGGAUCAGGAUCACAGGGUGGAGCAGUUCUUGUUGUCUCGGCACCACAGCGUUCUUGUGAUCAGCUACGAGAUGCUGCUUCGCUGCCUCGAGCAGGUGCAGAAUGUUGAUUUUGGUCUAAUAAUUUGCGAUGAAGGUCACAGGCUGAAGAACAGCAGCGUCAAAACAUCAUCUGCCCUCAGCAGCCUCAGCUGCACACGCAGGGUCAUUCUCACUGGCACACCUGUACAAAAUGACCUUCAGGAGUUCUAUGCUAUUAUUGACUUUGUUAAUCCUGGUGUUCUUGGCUCAACAUCCACUUAUCGAAAAGUAUAUGAGGAGCCCAUCCUAAGGUCCAGACAGCCCUCCUGCACUGAGGAUGACAGAACGCUAGGAGAAGAGCGGACAGCUGAGCUCUCUCGACUCACCAGUAUGUUCAUCCUGAGGAGGACGCAAGAGAUCAAUAACAGAUAUCUGCCGCCCCGUUUGGACUGGACACUGUUCUGUGAACCUUCUUCACUCCAGCUCCAGAUUUACAAACGUCUGCUCAGUCACAGAGCCUUCAGAGCGUGUCCCCAGCAAACUCACACACACUUGACCUGCAUCACUGCUCUGAAGAAGCUGUGUAACCAUCCUGCGCUGCUUCGAGCCUCAGCAGAGGAGAAAGCUGACCGUGGAUCUGAUGAGAGCUUCUUCGAAGAAGACAUGGUGCACUUUUUUUCUGAAUCAUACACCUCUGAUGGAAUGGACCCGGCGGACUCUGGAAAACUCAGUGUUCUUCGGGACCUUCUCCAGACCAUCAGACGCAUCAGUCCCUCUGACAGGGUGGUGGUGGUGUCCAACUACACAGAAACACUUGACAUGCUCCAGGACCUGUGUGGACACAUGAACUAUUCAUUCUCUCGACUGGAUGGACACACGCCCACCAGUCAGAGGCAGCUUCUGGUUGAUGCUUUUAACAGCCCGUAUUCCAAGUACUUCCUCUUUCUGCUGAGCUCCAAAGCAGGUGGAGUUGGCCUGAAUUUGAUUGGUGCCUCUCACUUGGUGUUGUAUGACAUCAACUGGAACCCAGCCAACGACCUUCAGGCCAUGGCUCGAGUUUGGAGGGACGGACAGAAAAAGGCAGUGCACACAUAUCGUCUUCUUACUGCUGGGACCAUUGAGGAGAGAAUUUUCAUGAGACAAAUUGCAAAGCAGGGUCUGUCCGAUACCGUUGUGGAUUUGGGCAAGGCCUCCGAUCACAUCAGCUUUACCACGAGUGACCUGCAAGACCUUUUCAGUCUGAAGGAAACACCCUCACUGACUCAUGACUUACUGAACUGCAACUGCAACAGGGACGGUUCACUCAGCGUGACUGCGGAUGAGGAGGAACCCGUCUCCAGUCGGCCGUGUCAGCUCGGUCGUCAGGUAGGGCGUGGCACGACCACAAACAAGCACCCGAGCAUGUCUGAGCUCAUGCAGUGGCGACACUACUCUGGUGACACACUCACUUUCUCAGACCCAUAUCUCGACCACGCCCGAGACCACAUCACCUUUGCAUUCCAGACCACCGUCUCUCACACAGUUUAAUUUCACAAUAAUAAUAAUCAUAAUAAUAAGCCCCGACAUUUUGGUUAACACCUGUUGCAGAGUUUAUAUUUCACUACGACACAAACUUGUUAUGUGUUCAUAAAUUGUUUGAAUAAAUGUUCUCAUUGGUUACUUACAUUAACGUGUCGUAUCAUAUUUAAAUACAAGCCAAGCAUUAUGGGUCCUUGCCAUCUCUCGUGUGCUCGUUCCCACAGGCUCCACAUGUGAACCCUGACAGAUGAAGUUAGACACACAUGUUGAAGUGUUAUAUUUGUUUUCACAAUAUAAAUAGCAAACUCUAAACACUUAUUUGAGCGGUCUCAGAACUUUUUUUUCGCAUGCAGAGAGGUCCAACUCAGGACUUCUGAAACUCGAAAUGGAAUUCAUUUUUUAAGAUUUUUGCUUUACCCUCGUAAAAUCCUCCCCUGAGUUUCAGAGGUUCCCGUGCAUUAUGCUGCUUGUGUAAUGCAGAAUAUCAAUAGGAGGCAUUGUAAAAUCAGACGAUGAAUAUUGUAUGAGGAUGCUGACAAGUUUGACUUGUCAUCUAACAUAUUUAGUUAUUUCAUUUCAACUGGUAUUUUUCUAGCCAAGAAU